UUGAAAUCAAAUGAAUUAACAUGUUGAAGAUGAUGCAUAUAUUUUAUUUAGCAAGUUCGUAUUGGAUGGAUCGCUACACCACAAAAACAAAUCUGUAGAAUAGCCUGCAGUCGGUGACACGCGAGUGUUUCAUAUUGCCAAGAAUGGACACCCGCUUUACCAGGGGCAAAUCGGCAAUCCUCGAGCGCUCCCUAACCCGGCCGAAGACCGAGGUCAGCGUGAGCGCUUUCGCCUUGCUCUUCUCCGAGAUGGUGCAAUACUGCCAGAGCCGCGUUUACUCGGUGUCGGAGCUGCAGGCCCGCCUCGCAGACCUCGGCCAGGGCGUGGGAGCCAGUCUGCUGGACGUGCUGGUGCUGCGGGAGAAGAACGGAAAGAGGGAGACGAAGGUUCUCAAUAUCCUGCUCUUCAUCAAGGUGUCCGUGUGGAAGGCCCUGUUCGGGAAAGAGGCCGACAAGCUGGAGCAGGCCAACGACGACGACAAGACGUACUACAUCAUCGAGAAGGAGCCGCUGAUCAACGCCUUCAUCUCGGUGCCGAAGGAGAACAGCACGCUGAACUGCGCGGCCUUCACCGCCGGCGUGGUGGAGGCCAUCCUCACGCACAGCGGCUUCCCCGCCAAGGUCACCGCGCACUGGCACAAGGGCACCACCCUGAUGAUCAAGUUCGACGAGGCGGUCAUCGCCCGCGACAAGGCACUGGACGGCCGGUGAAGGAGGCGGGGUUACCGGGGGUGUGGGGCGGGGC